ACUGCUGCCGCUGCAGCCCGGGGGCGCAGCCCGGGGACCGGCGGCGUGGGCCCGGCCCGCAGCAGCCCCUUUAAAGAAAGCGGAGCGACGGCCGUGGGAUUCCUGAAACCUGAAACCCAGGAGCCACAGCCUCGCAGCGGAAACCCCGAGGAAAACCUUGAACUCCGGCAGACAAUUGCUUCCGGGCGGCUGCAGGGCAGCCAGAGGGGGACCGAGAAGACCCGCGGGAAGGGAGCCCCCCGCCCGAUGGCGCGUCCCUGAAGGGCCGUGGCGAGCGCGCGGCGCGUGGGCAGCAGCGGACCCCGGCGGGAGAGCGAGCGGCGCACCGCGGGCAUGGCCACCGCGCAGCGGAAGGCCCUGGGCGUGGGUCUCCAGUGCCUGUCCCUGGCUGCCCUGGUGCUCCUCUGUGCGGGGCACGGGGGGCGCAGGGAGGACGGGGGACCCGCCUGCUACGGGGGAUUCGACCUGUACUUCAUCCUGGACAAGUCAGGGAGUGUGCUGCACCACUGGAAUGAGAUCUACUACUUUGUGGAACAGCUGGCUCAUAAAUUCAUCAGUCCACAGCUAAGGAUGUCCUUUAUUGUCUUCUCUACUCGAGGAACAACCUUAAUGAAACUAACCGAAGACAGGGAACAGAUCCGUCAAGGCCUUGAAGAACUCCAGAAAGUUCUGCCAGGAGGAGACACAUACAUGCAUGAAGGAUUUGAAAGGGCCAGUGAGCAGAUUUAUUAUGAAAAUAGCCAAGGGUACAGGACAGCCAGUGUCAUCAUUGCUUUAACUGAUGGUGAACUCCAUGAAGAUCUCUUUUUCUACUCAGAGAGGGAGGCUAACAGAUCCCGAGAUCUUGGUGCAAUUGUUUACUGUGUUGGAGUGAAAGAUUUCAAUGAAACACAGCUGGCCCGGAUUGCGGACAGUAAGGAUCAUGUGUUUCCGGUGAAUGACGGUUUCCAGGCUCUACAAGGCAUCAUCCACUCAAUUUUGAAGAAAUCUUGCAUUGAAAUUCUAGCAGCUGAGCCAUCCACCAUAUGUGCAGGAGAAUCAUUUCAAGUUGUUGUGAGAGGGAAUGGCUUCCGACAUGCCCGAAACGUGGACAGAGUCCUCUGCAGCUUCAAGAUCAACGACUCGGUCACACUCAAUGAGAAGCCCUUCGCUGUGGAAGACACCUAUUUGCUCUGCCCAGCACCCAUCUUAAAAGAAGUUGGCAUGAAAGCUGCUCUCCAGGUCAGCAUGAACGAUGGCCUCUCUUUCAUCUCCAGUUCUGUCAUCAUCACCACCACACACUGUUCAGACGGUUCCAUCCUGGCAAUUGCCUUGCUGAUCCUGUUUCUGCUCCUAGCCCUGGCACUGCUGUGGUGGUUCUGGCCUCUCUGCUGCACUGUGAUUAUCAAGGAAGUCCCUCCACCCCCUGUAGAGGAGAGUGAGGAAGAAGACGAUGAUGGUCUGCCUAAGAAAAAGUGGCCUACUGUAGAUGCCUCUUACUAUGGUGGGCGAGGCGUUGGAGGCAUAAAAAGAAUGGAGGUUCGUUGGGGAGAGAAGGGCUCCACAGAAGAAGGUGCUAAGCUAGAAAAAGCAAAGAAUGCAAGAGUCAAGAUGCCAGAGCAAGAGUAUGAAUUCCCUGAGCCUCGAAAUCUCAACAACAAUAUGCGCAGGCCCUCUUCUCCCCGGAAGUGGUACUCUCCGAUUAAAGGAAAACUCGAUGCCUUGUGGGUCUUACUAAGAAAAGGAUAUGAUCGUGUGUCAGUAAUGAGGCCACAGCCAGGAGACACGGGACGCUGUAUCAACUUCACCAGAGUCAAGAACAAUCAACCAGCCAAGUACCCCCUCAACAAUGCCUACCAUACCACCUCCCCACCCCCUGCUCCCAUCUACACCCCCCCACCUCCUGCCCCCCACUGCCCUCCCCCACCCCCCAGUGCUCCCACCCCUCUAAUCCCCUCCCCUCCGUCCACCCUUCCCCCUCCUCCUCAGGCUCCACCUCCUAACAGGGCACCACCCCCCUCCCGGCCUCCUCCAAGGCCUUCUGUCUAGAACUCAAAAGUCUGUGUUCUGGGCUGUCUCAGAAACUUUGGGAAGGAGGCCCCUUUGCACCAUUAGAACAAGUCUUUCCAGCUAGAGGGGCGAGUGGUGAUUAAGCCCACUGAUGUUCACAUACUUUAAGAAUUGGUUGGCAGUACCAAAAUACUGAUGAUUGUGAUCAGCCGAAAGAAAGGGAAAGUUUGACUUGCCUGAGGACAAAUUUUUGAGGCAACUACAGUCACAUUUAUAGCCCAUCGUCUCUGGAAGGUUCCAGACACAGCAAAACUGCCAAGAUGUUCCCAAUGGGCUUGUGUCUCGUGAAGACCAGGAAGAAAAUCAGUUCUCUAUGAGUGGAAAGCAGAGUCAGGUAAGAAAUGACAUUGCCAGUUUUAUGGAUGCCAUCUUCCCUCCACUCCAACACAGUGACUUGACGUGGACCUGUGGCUGGGAAACAAAAAGAACCCUCACCCUGGAAGGUGGAAAUCUUUACUGAUGAUUUUGGAAAAGCUUGAGAGUCCACAGGGUGGCAAGAAACUCAGUUUCAAACAGGUAUCCAAAAGGAUGUUCUCCUUGGAUUGUCAGAUAGAUUUUAAAAAAUGCCUCGUUGGCUUUUAAAAGUCUCUCCAUUUCUAAGGCGGAAGGGAGCGGGAGUUUACUGAUGGGAAAGGUAUGUUGCCAUGUUGAUGUGUAAGUGAAAUCAGUCAAUUGCUUUGACAGGGAAGUAUUCAUGAAAGCAUCAGACAAUUUCUAAAGCCCAGAGACCAUCAGCUGCUAGAGGUGGCUGGCUUUGGUCACACAUCCUCCCCUAAGUCCAACAGACCAUGGGAUUGUCCAAAGCAAUCUGUUCAUGAUUAUCCUUGAAAAAAAAACUCAAGAUUUAACGUUGGUUUAAAUCACUUGAGAUAAGUGAUUGGUGCUGUUUUCCAGAGACAAAUACAACUUGAUCUUCAUAAAAUAGCAUCCUUAAUACCUAACACACAUUAUGGAUCAUUGUAUUCUUUCUCAAUAAAGUUGCACACCAUAGAUUUUUAAGUGAAGGUAAGAGACAAUGGUACAGACAUAAGAAAACUAUCCCCAGGUUCUCUGAUUAACCCUGAAAAUGGCAUAUGUGUAGAUACAAAUGUAUUUCCCCUUAGCUUUUCAACAUACACCCCAAUAUUAUCAUCUAUUAAAUAAGGGGAAGUAUACAAGACAUGCCAUACAGAAAGGUUCUGCUUGAAACUCCCACUAUACAUGGGGCUCUGAGUCUGUUUCAUCAGUAAGUCCUGCAAUCACUUUAUAAACACUGAGCUUUACCACCUAGGGGUAAAAGCAGUGGUCAAAGGCAAUGUACCACCUUGUUUGAAAUGGUCUCCCCCCUCAACUUUCCACAAGCCCUACAAUUCCUGUCUCAACCACCUUCAAAUUCUUAAAUCCUUUCUGGAACAAAGCAGAAUAUAAAAUUAAUACAAACUUAAUGUUUGGGGAUAUGGUUUUUAAAGAUUCAUCAAGAACCCAUCAAGCUAACCUACUUCCCUCCCCUUGCUUAGAAAAGAGAUAUUAAGAUGUGGCAUAUGUUCCAUAAACACCCAUUUUUGUGUCUGUGACAGACAUUACUAAUCAAUCACAGCAUUAUUCCCCAUUAAAAUCAAUAGUGUUUUUAUUUCCAACCAUCUUUCUCAAAUUACCACCCUAAACACUGACUCUUCAUUGGUCAGAAUUGAGAGAAAGAGAGUAACACAAUUUGCAAUCCUUACCUUAAAAAAGGCAAAAACAAGUAGGAAUUGUCAGGGAGGAGAUGGGGAAGGCUACCAGCAUAAAAGAUAUAUUCAAGGGAAAAUAGCCCUAGAAAAGUGCCUCAGUUGGGGACCAUGGGCACUGGUCUGCAGUGCCAACUGCCAAGCUUGACACUUCUCCAAAUGUGCCUCAGGCCCUGCCCUUCUCUCAUGGCUGCCUUCCAGAGAAUCCCCAGCUUUCUCGGAAAGCUGAGGUCAGAGAUGGUUUUCAAGACUUAGGAAAGCAGCCUCCCUCCCCCUCAUCCAUCCCUGCCACACUGUCUGCUUUCAGAACACAGGGCUUCUUCUUUAGUCUCAGCUCUCCUCCGUGACAUUGCUGAUCCCCAGGAAACCAUUUCUUAAGAGAGUGGGUUUCUCAGGCUCACCGGGCCCACAGCAACUGUUUUGACUGCUGGCAGUACAAAACAGUCCACCCACCCCACAUGACUCAAUAGACAAUGAUGCCGACAUUCAUGUGCCACAAGCUGGCGGGCAUCCAAUGAGAACACAACAUCCAAUAUCCCAACAGCACGUCAAUCAGAUCCCUGUGCAGUUUCCAAGGUGCUGUGCUGAAAUAUUUUGAUGAGAUAGGGAACUGCAGACAUGGAUCAUUUUGAAAAGGAUUAACAGGAUUUGUCCUUAAAACUGGCCCAUCAUACCAUCCCUUAGGAAGGAGAAGUCACUGUGUGAACAAGGUAAUACUUUCAUGGUAGACUUAUAGGCAGGACAAUUCUUUAACUGGUUUAGAAGAAAAUCUAUCAGUUCAAUGUCUUUUGCUGUAAAUGAAAAGGGGAGAUGUGAUUAUGAUUAGGAAACUGCACCCAAAAAAAUUUAACCCUCAUGUUAUUGUCCUUAUGAAGUUUUUUUUAAAAAAUGAAAGCCAAAUUUUUUGUUGUAUAUAUUCAUAUUCCAUGUGUUAGGUGGAAACAUUUCCUAUCCAGUGUGAAUACAAAGAACAGGUGUAGUAAAUUAUUAUAAAGCCAGUGAUAUUUCAUGGCAGGUUUUUCUACCAAGCUGUGCUUGUUGGUUUUUCCCAUGACUGUAUUGCCUUUAUAAAUGUAUGAAUAGUUAUGGAAAUGACGAGACCCUUUUUUUGCACAGCAUUGAUAACAAUUGCUAAGAACUGUGGUCCCCUCUGUUGGCAACUUUUUCACAAAGUUUCUUAACUGCAGCUUGGUUUAUUCUUCAGUGGGACACAAACACCUCUCUUACUGAGGUUAAGGACAGAGUUGGUGAUGAAUUAGUUCAUAGUUUUGGAUAACUUGCUAUAGGUAACUUCCCUGUAGAUGCCAUUCAAAUGGUCAAAGAUGAUGUUGAAAUGCUAAAUUUGCUAAAUUGCUAAUUUGCUAAAUUGCAAAAACUAUCAGAUGGGGUGGGAGCCUCAACAAAGAACUACAGAGAUAAUAAGAUGGUAGGCAACACUCUCAGCCCUGUGUGAAUGCAAUUUUUUUAAAAAGUCAAUGCUGUGUGGAAUGGGUUGAAUUAGUUCACAAACUAUAUAAAGAUAGAUGCAGUAAAAAGCCUGUUAAUGCUCACCAGGUGGGGAUGGAGUUUUCUAGCAAUUGCCUUUUCUAGUUAUCUGAGCUCUGCAUAUCAUCAUACUUGGAUAACCAGUUUAAAAGAAUUAGAAUAUGAUUUUUGAAUACACUUAACAUUAAACUCUUCUAACUCUU